UGAACCAAACGCGGCAAUUCCCUUUGCGCCGCCUCCACUCGCCGUGACUUGAACAAAACUGCCUCCCCGCCCCUCUUUCAAUUUUCCCAGAAUCAGUCAAAUGAAAUCUCUCGAGAAAAGCGAAAGUAAAUUCUUCCAACUAUCUUUUUUCGAGUCUAUUUUUCUUUCUAUAUCAGCUUCAUUUUAGGGUUUCACUGCAAAUUUCACUUCAUAGACCAAAAAUAUUCCAUUCGUCUUUAUGUAUAUCACUUGCUCUGCUGAUUUGAAUUGAUUCCAUUCGUGUGAUUUGAAUUGAUUAUGUUAUCCUUUUUCGAUGCGAUUUCAGUUGAAUAAAUGGCGUCGAUUCGAAGAACACUAUCACCGCACCACGAUAGGGUGUAUCAAAAUGGAUCGAUUCCGCUUUCCAUACAAUCUCCAUCUCAAAAGUUUCUAUCGAACACCAAAACCACCUUGUCCCCACUCCGAAAAUUUCUGGUCGGGAUUUUCAUCCAGAAGCACUCUCGAAAAAACAAUCACUUUUCCUGGAAAAAGUCACUUUACCGCUGCUUAUUGUUUUUUUUCUUAGGGUUUUUGCUUGGCAUGGCCCCAUUUAAUAAUGAUCUCGGUGAAUUGAAGAAUCAUGAUUUAAGAAACAGUGAUUUCGCUUUUGAAAUCAAACCCCAAUUUCUGAGUAUCAAGCAGAAUGUAGAAAAUGUAGCUGACAGGUCUAGGGGAAACGAUUUUGUGGUGGGUACGGAGAAAUUAAAGGUUGUUGAGAAGGGUAGAGAGAAUGAGGAUCGUAAAAUAUUCGAUUUUGUGCCUCUGAAACAGCUAAUUGUGGUGACACCUACCUAUAAUAGGGCGCUACAGGCAUACUAUUUGAAUAGGUUAGGACAGGUAUUGAGGCUAGUUAGGCCACCAGUGCUGUGGAUUGUGGUGGAGAUGAAUGCUGCAUCCAUGGAGACUGCAGAUAUUUUGAGGAAAACUGCAGUAAUGUAUCGACAUUUGGUGUGCUCAAAGAAUUUGACUAAUGUGAAGGACAGGGGAGUGCACCAGAGGAACACUGCACUUGAGCAUAUCGAAGGGCACAGACUUGAUGGAGUGGUAUAUUUUGCAGAUGACGACAAUAUUUACUCCCUCGAGUUGUUUGAGAAAAUCAGAGAAAUCAAUCGUUUCGGUACUUGGCCGGUUGGCAUGUUGGCUCAAAGCAAAAGUAAAACAAUACUGGAAGGUCCUGUGUGCAAUGGAAGUCAAGUAAUUGGAUGGCACACGAAUGAGAAGAGUAAAAGACUUCGUAGAUUCCAUGUUGACAUGUCAGGCUUUGCCUUUAACAGCACCAUAUUAUGGGAUCCCAGGAGAUGGCAUCGACCAUCUUUGGAUCCAAUCCGACAGUUGGACACAGUGAAGGAGGGCUUCCAAGAGACGACUUUCAUAGAACAGAUUGUAGAAGAUGAAAGUCAAAUGGAAGGCUUUCCUCCAGGUUGUCAUAGGAUAAUGAACUGGCAUCUCCAUUUAGAAGCUCGUGAACUUGUAUAUCCUAAAGGAUGGAUGCUUCAGAAGAACCUCGAUGCAGUUCUUUCCUCCAAGUCAUAGAAUCUGAUCGCAUGCUAAUCACCCAUAUUGUUUAAUACAUGAGGUGUGUUAUAUGUUCUAUUCCUAUUACUGAAAUGCAUACCUAUGACAUCUUUAAUAGGUUGUCCUCGUUCCAUAAUGAGGAACAUGGUCCUAGUGAAAUUUGGUUGGGUCGGAGAAGUAAGUAAAGAUUUUGAACAUCUAGCAAUCCAUACCUCUGGAAAAAUAUUGAAACAAGAGGCAGAAAGAAUGGUAAAAUGUUGGGCACAGACUCCUUUACUGUUUCUCUGUAUAAUGAAAUACAUGUACAUGCUUUUAUACAAGUAAGAUUGCAUGUUCAUUCAUGUCUAUAUUCUGCAUGCAUUUCCUGCUGACAUGUCAUUUCCAUGUAAUUUUUAAUGUUGGACAUACGCAAAGUAAAAGUUAGGCCUUAAGAAACAAAAAGGGCAAAUAUGGGUGAAGGUAAAAAUUCAUUUGUUGGUUUAAAAAAAAUGUGUCUAAAAGUUAGGCCUUAAAAAACAAAAAGGGCAAAUAUGGGUGAAGGUAAAAUAAUCAUUUGUUGGUUUAAAAAAAAAAAUGUGUCGACUAACUGUCAACUCAAGUUUUCAGGAAAAGGAAAUGACAGUAUGUUCUUAGAUGGUGCUGGAAUUUUUUGUUUUUUUCCGAAGCAAAUCAUUGAAGAAAGGCAUUGUAGGCAGGUCUGAAGCUGCACUCCAACCCUCCAUAAGAAUAGAGCAUCGGAUAGAAAAAGCAUGGAUGUCAUUUGUAGAUUUUUGUCAUAUAGACAAAAUUCAUUUUUGUGGUGAGGAUUUGGUGGUGGUUUUGUACUCAGGCUUAGAACUGCCUUGAGUUGUUCAGACCCUUGUCGCUUGAGCUCUAGGGUUGAAAAUUGAUGAUUUUCAAUUGUUAUUGCAAUCUGUGAAUUAAUAGCCGUGAACUCAAUAACAAAGUUGGAUGUUGAUAGUGUACUUUUUGAAUUUCUUUGCUUAUAUCAAUGACAGAAA